AUGGCCUCUCCUCAGCAGAUCCGCACUCCCAUCACCGAUCUUUUCAAGAUCAAGCACCCCAUCCUGCUGGCCGGCAUGAACGUCGCUGCCGGCCCCAAGCUGGCUGCCGCCGUCACCAACGCCGGUGGUCUCGGUGUUAUUGGUGGUGUCGGCUACACCCCCGAGAUGCUUAAGGAGCAAAUCACCGAGCUCAAGGAGUACCUCGACGACAAGAACGCUCCCUUCGGUGUCGACCUGCUUCUCCCCCAGGUUGGCGGUAGCGCCCGUAAGACCAACGUCGACUACACCAAGGGCAAGCUCGACGAGCUCGUCGACAUCAUCAUCGAGUCCGGUGCCAAGCUCUUCGUCUCCGCCGUCGGUGUCCCCCCCAAGCAUGUCGUCGAGCGCCUGCACAAGGCCGGCAUCCUCUACAUGAACAUGAUUGGCCACGUCAAGCACGUCAAGAAGUGCAUCGACGUUGGUGUCGACAUCAUCUGCGCCCAGGGCGGCGAGGGUGGCGGCCACACCGGCGACACCCCCACCACUGUCCUCAUUCCCGCUGUCGUCGAGGCGGCCAAGGCUGGCAAGUCCCCCCUCACCGGCGGCCCCAUCCAGGUCAUUGCUGCUGGCGGUAUUCACAACGGCCAGCUGCUCGCCGCCUCUCUCAUGAUGGGCGCUACCGGUGUCUGGGUCGGCACCCGCUUCAUCCUGACGGACGAGGCCGGCGCCCCCAAGGUGCACAAGGAGGCUGUCAAGAACGCCACCCACGACGACAACAUCCGCACCAUCAUCUUCACCGGCCGUCCCAUGCGCGUACACAACAACCCGUACAUCAACAACUGGGAGACGGAGCGCCAGCAGGAGAUGAAGGAGCUCGCCGCCAAGGGUACCAUUCCCUACGAGGCCGACCUCGACAAGUUCAUGGACGUCCUCGACUCGGGCGACCCGACGAAGAUGGGCGAGGCCGCCAAGAAGAUUGGCAUUGAGGCUCUCGCCAUUGACGAGGACAACGACCCCAUUGACGCUUUCCGCCCUCUGCUCAUGGGCAAGUGCGCCGCUGUUGUCACGGAGCAAAAGUCGGCUCGCGCUGUCAUUGACGAGUUUGUCAACGAUGCUGUCGCCUGGAUGCAGCGCGGCAACAAGAUGAUUGCCAAGCUGUAA